AUGAAGGCCAGCCGAGGAAAGCCGCGUCACCCGCUCUCUGCGCCCUCGCUGUCCACGCUGUCGACGGCUGCCGACUCCUGCGAGAAGCGCGCGGAGGCGUCCGCGAGGCCGGAGCAGGAGCAGGGGCGGACGGUCACGGAGGCAGAGACGACUUCUUCUCCCCCGCCGGAGUCCGCGACAUCGUGCCCUGCGCAGGACCUCUCUGAAGAGCUCGACGCGGCGCCGACUGGCCGCAGCAGCGACCGCGAGAGGCGGAGGCCAGGGCGAGGAAGGCGACGCGCGAGAGAGCGAGACGCCCACGGCCCUGCGCCUCCGCCGUCCUGCGCAUGCGCGACGCCCAAAGACGCUUCCCCGACUCGAGGAGCGAGCGAGCGAAUCGAGAACUUGGGAUCCGGAAACGUGGUCGCGCGCCCGUCAGAAGAGGCGCGCGAUGCCUUAGCUACGCCGCGUGCCGGCGGAAAGGGAGAAGAAACCAGAAUCGCGCCAUCGGCCGCCGCCACGCCGGGCGAGCAGAGAAGGCGAGAACUCCCGACAGAAGGCGACGCACGCGACAAUGAAGAAAGAAGAACGUUUCCUUCGAAACUCGAUUUCUUCGAUCCUAACUCUGACAUCGCUCGCUCCGAGUUCCGCGGCAUUGCUGUUCUUCUGCUGAUUGCCGCGCUCUACUACCUCUUCGCGAACCCGAUUCUGCGCUGGUAUGACAGCAAGGAGUUCGUGGAUCCUUCGCUGGCUCGGGCGAUGUUCGACGACUUCUUCUUCUUGAUGUUCAUGUGGGCGAAACUGUUUGCGUGGUCUUUCACGGCCUACCAGCUACACGUGCUGUACCUGCGCGGGAGGCUGAGCCGCGGCGCGCUUCUCUUUCUUCAGCAUUUGACGCAGUCUGCGGCGAUCGGCUACGCCGUCUGCAGCUGCCUUUAUAAUGCGUGGCCUAUCAUUCCUGCGGCCUUCGUGCAGAUGAUUUCGGUUGUGCAGUUUAUGAAGAUGCACUCGUACAGCGCAACAAACAUGAAUUUCUGCGACGAGAUGAGAGCGGGCAAGCUCACGCCUGGAUACCCCGAGAACGUGACGCUCCGCAACUUCUGCGACUAUCUCCUGUGCCCCGUUCUCGUGUACGAGCCAGCGUACCGGCGCGGCGGCGGCUUUCGACCGGCGUACUUCGUCUGCAAGUUUUUCUCGAUGCUCGGCGCGAUGGUCGUGAUGUACCUUGCAUGCACGUCGUACUUGAUCCCGACGAUGAUGCGCUCGCCGACCAUGUCGCUCACGCAGGCGGUUUUCAGUCUCGUGUUUCCCUUUCUCUUCCUGGAUAUCCUCGUCUUCUACAUAAUCUUUGAGUGCAUCUGCAACCUGGCCGCCGAAGUCACCAACUUCGCAAACAGGAAUUUCUACGACGAUUGGUGGAACAGCACGAACUGGGAUGAGUAUUCGAGAAAAUGGAACAAACCUGUUCAUCGCUUUCUGCUGCGACACGUGUAUAUGGAAACCCAGCAGCGAUACAAGUGGAGCCACCGCACGGCUUCGUUCGCAACGUUUCUGUUUUCGGCGCUGCUCCACGAAAUGAUUUUGGCGGUGUGCUUUCGGUUCGUCCGCUUGUACCUGUUUGGGUUGAUGCUUCUGCAAAUUCCGCUGAUCGCGCUGGGGCGGCACUACCGCCACAAGAAAUUCGUCGCAAACGGCAUUUUCUGGGCGUGCUUGAUGCUCGGGCCGCCGCUCCUCGGACUCGCCUACGGGCGUGAGUGGGCGAAGAUCCACUUUUACGCGGCGCAUGCCGAUCAUCAGCCCCUGCGGCUUUUCUGA